GAUUCACCCACACUGGAGCUGCAUUUACGCUGGACUCCCAAACAUACUGGCACUGAUCGGCACAGCCAUGUUGUUUUAUGUCAUACUCUUGCUGCGUGAGCGGGGAUCCUUUUGCAAGAGACGACAAAGGCAUACAGGCGGUGAACAUCCCGACUAUUGUGAUGUCCAGAGAAUGACCCGAAAUGAGCUGAGAAACCAUACACUUCUAUUGGAGAAUGCGGAAACAAGGCACUUCAAAAGCCCAGUGAGAGAUGUCACAUUUGGACUCAAGCCAAUGGAUGUUCUUGGAUUAGUGGGUGAACGGUCUGGAAAGACUAGUAUUAAUAAAGUAAUUGUAUCGGAUAUCAAUCUAUCUUCGGGUCGUGUUCUAGUCAAAGGCAUCGACGUUCACAGCAGGAAAAUAAACCGCUACAAGGCCUACAAAUAUAUGGGAUAUUGCCCCCAAACCGAUUGUUUUGAGUCCAAAUUUACAGGUCGUGAAAAUUUAAAAAUAUUUUGUCUUAUUCGUGGCAUAAGAGCAUAUAAAGUGCGAGAAGUAUCCGAAGAACUGGCCGAAAAUCUCAACUUUCGGGAGCAUUUGGAUAAAUCUUCCGGGAAGUAUACGGUCAGUGACAGACGAAAAUUAAGCACAGCAAUUGCAGUAAUAGGAACACCGCCACUUAUUAUAUUGGAUGAGCCAACCGCUGGAGUGGAGAGGGCGCAUCGAUCGGAUGUUUUGGAUGUGCUAAAAAGCGUCAACGAAUGUGGCAGCACCAUACUAUUAUCCUCAAACAAUAUUGAAGAUUUUCAAUCGCUUUGCAAUCGAAUGGCACUGCUAAACCGGGGCAAAGUAAUUGGUAUUGGUUCUGUAGAGAGCUUUCGAAAUAGUUUAAAGCCAGGAUUGAUAUUAAUGGUAAAAGUCAGACCACAUGCGAUAGUGCAAAGUGUGAGAAAUGUACGAUUUCAACCAAGCGAGCAAGAAAUAGUUUCCAAUAUAACUACAUUCCUGUUGCACGCAUUCCAAACAGUUUAUCUGCUAGAGAAAGUUCAGGGGGAUCUUUUGUAUUACAUAAACAACACUACGAUUCCACUCGCCGAAGCCUUCAAAAUAAUAGAACAAAACCGACACGAACUUUUCAUUUCGGACUUCCAUUUAAAACAUGAGAAUAUUGAACUAACCUUUGUGACUCAAAACUUUCGAAUUCUAAAAUAAAUUAAUAG